AUGGCCGAUCCAAACUCCCUUCCACCAUUACCAAAAGAUCAUCUCGAUCAUCCUGAACAAUGGGCAACAGGAGCUGAACCUGCUACCGGAAAACAAAAAGGUUUUAUUGCAGUUCUGGAGAAUAAGAAUCCCGGUUUGAUACCAGAAGAAGGAUUAGAUAAAGAUGCGUUAGGAAAAAGUGAAGCGAGUGAAAUUAUCGAUUCACUCAUCAAAGGUGAAAAAGUUAAUCAAGAUCACAAUCAAUCAGAUGGAGAAGAUACAAAUGGUGCUUCCGAAAAAGCAGGAAAGAAGGAGACAGAACCAGUCAAUGAAGAGCAGGAGAAACCGGAAGAGAAAGUGGGCGAGAAAAGAAAGGCUAGUUCGACUACUGUCGAAGACGAACCGAUCCUAAGCAAUAAGAAAAACAAUGAGACGAAACAGGAGGGAACAGACGAAACAAGUUCUUCUAAAGAUGACGAGAUGGAUGGUAAAGAUCUCAAAGAUUCGAAACAAACUACUUUAGAUGGUGUAUUCGGUAAAGAUUCAACCUCCAAGAACGACGAAGUAGAGAAGGAGGAAAAAGAAAAUGGGAAUGAAGAUCGGGCAACUAAAAAGCCUCGACUUGACGAUGCAACAUCACCAGUGUCCAAACAGGAUAUCUCAUCCAAGCAAACUCAACCUCCUACAUCUGAACCUCCCACAACCUCUGUCUCAGACGAUGUCGCACCUGCUACAAAGGAAAAUGAUACUAUCCCAGGAUCACCAAGUCAUCUCGAUCACCCUGAAAAUUGGGCCACCGGAGAUGAUCCAGCUACAGAGAAACAGAAAGGUUUUAUCAAAGUCCUGGAGAAACAAAAAGGUACAGGUGGAGAAAAUGUGGAUGGACUGGGAAAAAGUGAAGCUUCAGAAAAGAUCGAAGAGUUGAAGGAUAUGUAA